AUGAAUAAAAUCGAAUAUACAGAAAUCAUUUCGGUUUUUCAUGUUCAUUUACCAUUUAAUAUUGAUUCGUGCAAACUCGCAGUUUUGGGAAAUUGCGAAGCUUUAGGUAAUUGGAGAACACCUAAAGUAUGGCUUCGUCAGAUUCCAAACUCUACUCUUUGGGUAUCUGAUCAUGUGCACAUUCACGUCCUAGCAAACAUAGAUGUUGAAUACAAAUAUUGUUUGGUUUCAUCAGAGCGUUUAUUAAAUUUUGAAGGUGAUGAGUUCACAACCAAUAGAAGAAUGGAACUUCGUGGAAAUCUUUACGACGUUUGGAAAGAUAGCAGUAAAUUUAAAAAAGAACAAUUUUCAUAUAGAGAAGCUUUU